GAAGUUCAAAACCGAUACAGUGCUUACAUUGAAGCUAGAAGAAACUAUUUGGAGCAAUCAGAAAGUGAAGAAGAUAUCGAAGUUCGAACUAUUCUGAGAAGACCACAGAUUUAUUCAAGAAGAACUGCAUGGUCUCCAGUCUCACCUCUGUCUUCCGUAAUAGAAAUCAAAAUCCGGAGAAAAAAUCAAAGGACAAGAAAGGAGUUUCGACGAGCAGCGAAGAGCAACCUACUACUCCCGCCAUGGUUCUCGUUCCAACUGUAACUAUUCAAGAAGCACCAAAAGUGGUCGAAAUCCCAACAAAUGGGCUCCCAGAGCCUACACCCUCUAGCUCAGUUGUGCAAGAAAUUGAAAUUCUGGCUCCAAAUGAGGACGAAGUGAAGGAGGAAAAACCAUCGGAUUGUACUACUUGCAAGAAAAUUGAGAACUUUGUGAUGCCUUAUUACGAGAGUUUGAAAGCAAAGUAUCAACAAUUUGUCGUUCGUAUUUCGGAUCCAGCACUUCAUGCAACUAUACGCUCCGAGUUUGCUGAAUACUUCCCGAGUGUCCUUCUGGGCUUUGCAAUUUUCUUCUUCGGAAUCACAUUUAUUUCCUUUAUCAAACUUUUGCGUGGUGUUUCUACACAACCAUCAUUCUUCUGUAGAUACUUCUCCGGACCAUUCUCACCAUUGUUUGAUGCUCUUUGUGAGCCGGAUCCAUAUGUUUUGUCUGAAGAGUUACCAAAAGUUAUGAGUGGAUUGCUUGAUGAAAUGUUUAUAACAAUCUCCGAAUUCUUCCAAACAAUUUCAAAAGGUUUCACUGUGUUUGGAACUUUGUUCACUGCAAUUUGGCAUGGAUUGUCCGAAAAUGUCUUCUUUGGAUUCCAUGAGCUUGGAGAAAACCUCGGAGAAAACAUAAACCACCUUCUACAUUUUGUUGUUCAAUUUUUCCAUCAAAUUAUUCAUUUAAUUCUCAGUUCAAUUGCAACUAUUGCAGGGGCCAUUGCCGGAGUUUUCACUUCUGUACAUGAUUAUUUAGAGCCUCCACAAAAUGUGUGGUAAGAUCCUAUUUGGAAAUAACGAUCACAUUUUUUUCACAAAGUUCUAAAAAAAGUUCAUAAUGGAAUAAAGUGUUGUGAAAAAAAUGAAAUAGUUUUUCCCAAUAGUAUCCAUAUUAGUUAAAUAUUUGUUAAUUCCAGAUUAGCCAUCAUAUUAUCCCUUGUCACAUUUAGUCUUGCACCUCAAGAUUCCAAUUUUUCAGUUUGUAUCACGAUUUGUUUAAUUUUAAACUGGAAAAUAAGAGAUAAACAAUGCCCGAGAUUUAAAAAAAUUGAGUAAUUAUUGAGGUGCAAGAAACUAGAGAUAAUAUUUAAUAACCUCACUAGUGUGACAAUUUGAAAUUCUGUAGUCUUUUUUCCUGAUAAUCUUUUAAAUUGCCUGAAGAAAGCCAUCCCGCAUGAAUCCCUUGCAUUUACUAACCUGUGUAUUCUCCCCCAUUCAUCUUUCAGUUUUUCACUUCUUCAGGAAUCAUUUAUUACAACAAUUCUGAUUCUCAUCUGAUUACAGACCGAACUCCUUCUAAUUUGUACAUAUUUCUUAUUUUCUUAUGCAUAAAUUACUACUUGAUCCAAAUAAAAUGUUCUUAUAAUUUUAAU